AGACCAGAGAAAAAAACCCUACCUAUCUCAAUUAUCGAAAAUGAACCGGAAUUUAAUCGAAAGGGAGCGGAGAUCCAACAUGAGACAUCUCUUUUCCAGGCUUUUUUCUCUCCUUCCUCCUCCCACCACUCGAAGGUCGGCGAUUCCCGACAGAUUGGAGCAAGCCACUGUGUAUAUAAACCAGAUUCGAACACGUUUAGAGGGACUUAACCAAAGGAGGUUGCAACUUGAAGAGGGUAACAUAGGGACAAGUAGAAGGAGGACGAUGAUGUCCCCAGUUAUAAAUAUAUCAGAAUAUUCACAUGUUUCUGGUAUGGAAAUAAAUCUAAGUGCGGAAUCCGAGUUGAAUCUUUCGUUGAAUGAGAUUAUCAGAAUCAUUCAAGAAGAAGGAGCUGAAGUUCUAACCCUUACGUAUAGUAAUGGAAGCAAUAGGAACAUCCUUACCAUUCAUUGUGAGGCUGCAAUCACUUAUAUAAAUGGAAUCAGUUAUAUAAAUGGAAUUGAUCGUUCAAGAUUGCUUCAGAGAUUGAGGAUUGUGAUUGAAGAAUAAAGUUCUCAUUGAAUUAGCUAUUUUCUACCAGCAAAAAAAUCUUUAUUAUUGUUACAAAGAAUUAUAUCAUGUGUGAGUAUAUAAAUCACGUUAAAUAAUUCUAAAAAAAAAGUUUAUAACUAAUAAUAAUAACAUGUAUGCAUUAUAAACUAAAUUAAAAUAAAAUAAAUUAAUUUAAAUUGUAAAUAAAAGGAAACUUAAAUUGGGAAAUAAA